GUUUUUUAACGCCGCUCGUCGUCGGGUGGUUGUCGGUAAUCGUCGCGUAACGUCGCAGCGGUUGACUCUCACGUAGUCCUGUCGCGCAUAUCGCGCGCUGCUGUGCUAUUUGUGUCAAGUUCGGUGCCUUACAUGAUGGGACGAUCACGCAGCAGAAGCAGGAGUCGUUCUCCAAAGCUCGCGAGGCAUAAAAACAAGCGCCCGCGAAGGCGCUCGCACUCUAGAGGACGGAGCCGCGACAGCGUCAGCAAAGCACUGCCUAAAUUCACCGACCGCAGACCAAGGAAGCGGUCCUCGUCGAUCUCCAGCAGCAGCAGUGACGACAUCGACGGCCUUUUGGACUCCGCGAGGCGCAAAGUGAAAAGGUCGUCGGAAGGCGACAGGGCGUCAUCUGCAGACUUCGAGCGCCAAAGGCGACAGCGCGAUGCGGACCAUUCCAAGAGAACCGAGGAAGAGAUGCAGCGCCGAAUCGAAGAGGCAGUGACCAUCCGCGUGGCCGAAGAAAUGGAGCGGCGCCGAGAGGCCAUGGAGACAGAGGUGCGACGUCGUGUCGAAGAGGCCCGACACAACAUGGAGAAGCAGCUGCUCCAAGAGGUGGAGCAACGCCGAGCUCAGAUGAUUGCUGACCAGCAGAAGCGGGAGGAGGAGGAGAGAAAACGACUUCAAGAACUUGAGCAAACUCUGGCAGAAAAAAGCAAGCAGUUGGAGGAAGCGCAGCGAAGCUUGGCGGAAGAGCGGCUGGCAAUGAUCGACGAGCGUCGACGGAUUGAUGAGGCCCGCAGGCAGUUGGAGCUGGAGCAGGAAAAGAAAAUGCGCCUGGACCAGCAGGUCAUCCUGAACAAGGGACGCGUGCGACCCAAGCUCUCCUUCUCACUGAAGCCUACAGUCUGAGGUGGAACGGAUGCCUUCCCAGUGUGCGCAUGUUGCAGUCUUCCUGCCCCUUGCUGCGGUGUGGUGGAACAUGUCAUCACUCUUGGCCGUUCUCGCAGCCACCUUGAACUUUUCGUUUGGACACUGGCCUUGAACUGUGCACAAGUCGAGCAUGCUUUCUGCUCCUUGCCUUGUGUAGUGAACGUUUCAUGUGCGGUCACUGGGCAGUGUUACAAAAGCUGACUGCCACUUUCUGCAACAGUUGCAGUUUGCUACCCUAAUGAUGACACUCGAGAAUGGUGUUCUUGCCAGAUGGUAGUACCAUAUUACUUUUUUUUUUUUUUCGCAGGGUUAAAUACCUUGGAGAACUAAAGUUAUUGCUGAGCGCAGUGAUUCGGCAUGAUAGACAAGCAGCAGCAUUGCACUGUCGCAUUGAUGCAAAUAUUGCGUAGUGCUUUAGCUUGGCAGUGCUGAACGGGCAAAAUUCUUGAGAAACAGGAAUAUCAGCGUGAAAAGACACCUGCAAACUUAUUCUGUAUUGAGACAGCUGAUUGUCGACUUUUGUUGAAGUUUUCUUGGCAUAUUUCGGGCACAUAAUUUGAAGUACCUUGCCAAGGUGUUAAAACCGUCACUUCUGCUGUGCUCAUUCAAUUCUUGAACCAUUGCAAGAAGCGUCCAGUUUUCUUGCGUGCCGCAGGUGGGUAUAGCAGCCCUUUUUUCUUACCACCAAUUCUUUGCAAAUAUUGUUGUGUAAUCUUGCCACUUGCAGUGCCAAUUGGUAUUGUGACCUGUAGCAAGGUCAUCUUGCACACAUUUUAUAGUGUCGCACCAAAUAGGCAGUAUACUUGGUGAGUUUUGUUUUGCCUUUUAGCAAUCUCGGCCAGCAUCCCUCACGAGUAAUUAAGCAGGAGGUAUGUCCUCAAAAAAAAAAAAAAACUUUUCGAAAGUGAAUGCUCCUGUUGCACGAGUUUGAGCUCUGGAAGUUGUAGUGACCAUGCUUGCGGGGAAGCAGUGCACGCAGUGCGUAUUUGUAAAUAGCACCAAUUGUAAAUAUAACUUUCCAUUCUUUUUUGUUCGAAGUUUUUAUACGUAAAAGUUUUGCUGCACCUAUACAAAAGUUGAUAACACUUUUGACUGGGUGCAAGGUCGUGUGAUGGCUUUGCAGUGCAAAACAAACCAGGUUCUCCAAAAGGGACGCACUUGGUAGACGUUUUUUACAUCUUCAUGCACAUGUGCUGUGCAUUCAUCAACCAAAGUGUUAUCUUGUGCUCGUGUUGCUUGUUAGAUUGCUGUUCUAAAGUUCACUUGCUACACCCACGAUCAAAAAGUCUGCGAACCAUGGUAUCAAUAGAACAAUUGCACUUUGGUAAUGCAGCUAGUGCUUGAGGGUAGAAACAACGUAGUACCUUUUUCUAGCCGUGUGCUUGUGGUAGACAGAUUGCAGUUUUUUUUUGUUUUUUUGUUUGGCAGCAUUCAGUGCAAUCCUGUCGUAGUACAGCUCAAUGGCACGCCACAGCCUAUCUUAAAGAAGCAGCGUUCGUACUAACAUUUCUUUGCGAUUUUUGAUCAGAUACGUACUUCAUCAUCAGGAGUUGUGAGGAUCACAGACUGCCUAAACACAGGCAAGCAUUUCUUAGUUUUCAUAGGGCUUUUAAACUAGGAAGUGUUAGAUUUUGCACACCCUAAGUUUGGGGACGCAGACCACCAGGUUUACAACAGAAUGCAGAAAGGUAUACAAAAGAAAGUAAGAAAGCUGCAAAAGUAAGCAAGCAGGACGUGGCACUUAGGGUGCGCAACAGUCUCUUUGGAUACCCAAAGCCAUUUGAGUGUGCAAAAUAUAAAACACCUUGCUACCUUCGUUAAUUCAAGCUCUUCCAGAGUUGCCAAAGCCAAACAUCAAUAACAAUGCCAUAAACGGUUAAAUGAAUCCGAGAACAACUCUUUUUAUGCCAUCCCUAUCAAACACCAGAGGAUGCUGUAUGUAUGUGCCAGGCACAAACACUUGUGCUAUUCAACGAUGCCAUUAAACACCGCAUUGAGAACAGGCCAGGUAAAAUGUCAUGCGAAGUAUGUGGAAAAUACCUCAAUGCACUCCAUACUUACUGGGGAUGCCGUAGGAGCACUUGUCAACACUUCUAACUCGCACAAACGUCGCACCUACCUUCUCCACACCUGGGAAAGCUGGACCGCUCCACUGAGUGUGCUACGGCCUAUACUAUGACCACUGCUGGUGGUCCACAAAAAGCACAUCAAUGGAUCCAGACGAAUGGACUCUGCACUGAGACUAGGGACCCAGCUGGACUCUGACCAUGACAAUUAUGAUUAGGAUUCAUUCAGAAAUAGUUUCUCUUCCACCAGCUUUGAAAUUGGUUUUAGAAUGUCAGCUGUUCCUUUGGGACAUUGCUGUCACUGUGAUCCAAAGUGGUGUGAUGGCUGUAAAUGACUGCCACAAAAGAAUGGGAAGGGAUGUCAAGGUGAAAAUUGUACAGGUUCAAGGGGUGGAUUACUGGGGAGAGUCGUAAAAAGGGUAGGAUGCAAAGCACAGUUUGUAUAUUGCAGUCGCUGGGAGUGCAUAAACAAGCUUCAUUGACUUGUAAAUGAUCAGUACAAAGGCAAGGUGAAAAGCUAGAGACCUGAAACAGAGCACGAGUAGGACCUUUGUAUAUACGGUAGUUGUGAAAAGUCUGUGGAUCAGAAGGGAUUUACAUUUAUAAAUGGCAAGUAUGGAGGAGCGUUGCGAAGAAGCAGGCAGCUUUCUUUGGAGUACAGAUUCGGAGUAUAAUUGUCUGGCUUGCUUUCAUGUGUGCACUUAUUCGUUCACCUAACUCAGUGUGACGGUAGUGUUUCUGUAAAGUGGGCUAUACAUAGCAGUGAAGUUUUCGGAAAUGACUACGGUGUAGAAAUUCACGCUUGAGUAACUCCAUGCCAAGAAGGUUGCCGCAAAACAGGCCCUCCGCACUGUAUGACUAAGGCAUGUCCUUAGUAUGACCUCAAUAAGGGGGUCAUGUGAACCUGCUAGGGUUUCCUUUUGCAUGACCAUGAUCUGUAGGUGUUUGACCAUGGGUGUAUGCUUGUUCAGUGGAGAAUUGGCUGUACUGGGAAGGUGAGGAAUUAAUAUGGGCAUAUACACAAUGCUUCGUGGUUUCAUAUGCAGUGUGUGUGUGGCCUCUGCGAGCACAGAUUGGCUUUGAUGGUCACUGUGGCCAGCCACAGUUACUCUAGCUGUGCUGAUGCUCUCGGUAAGUACUGUUGCUCUGUGCAAGAGCACCAUGAAUGCAUCCUUAUUUGCUUGAAGGUUUUAGGAGGUACUUUGUAACACACAGUAAGCAGAAAAAUGACAGCGUAUCUUUGCAGCUGAUUGGCAUCUUUGGCAUUUCCUGUGUACUUAAAGAGUUAGAAUCACUGUUGCUUCUUAAGUAUUCGUGGCUAUGUAGAAGGCUGAUGGAAAGCAGUGAACAGGAUGUCAUGUUUACUUUGUUAAAUUUUUUUU